AACUUGUUGACACCCGGCGGGCGCACGCGCCGCCGCUACGCUGACUCACCUCGGCAACGAAGCAAACCCGCAGCCACGUACGUCGUCCUACGGCAACUACCAACUACUAGUGCCCUCUCUGGAAGGAAAGCCAAAGCGGCGGAACGCGAGAUUCCCACGCCCCUCUCCCAGUCUCCCACCAGACCACCACCUUUCCGGCGAGCAAGGCAAGAGUCCCGCCGCAAGAUUGCGCACUCCCGGAUGGCCGCCGCAGCUUCCUCGCUGGUGAGGUGUGCCGCCGCCGCCGCCUCGCGCCGCCUGCUCCUCGCCCGCGCCUUCGCCUCAGGCGGCGGCGAGACGGACAAGCGGGUUCUGGUGCCGGUCGCCGCCGGCACGGAGCCGAUUGAGGCGGCCGCCACCGCUGACGUCCUCAACCGCGCCGGCGCGCGGGUCACCGUCGCUACCACCGACCCAGUUAGGGACGAGGGCCUCGUCGUGGAGGCCGCCUAUGGGGUCAAGCUCGUCGCCGACGGCCGCAUCGCCGACUUAGCGGGCGAGGCCUUCGACCUAAUCGCCCUGCCGGGAGGAAUGCCGGGAUCAGUUAACCUUAGAGAUUGCAUAGUACUCGAGAAGAUGGUCAAGAACCACGCCGAGAAUGGGGGCCUCUACGGUGCCAUCUGCGCCGCGCCUGCGGUGACGCUGGCUUAUUGGGGCAUGCUCAAAGGCUUAAAGGCGACUUGUUAUCCAUCGUUCAUGGAGAAGUUCACUGCAGAGGUGAUCCCUGUGAACUCGAGGGUAGUGGUCGAUAGAAAUGCAGUGACCAGCCAGGGUCCGGGAACAGCAAUUGAGUUCGCUCUUUCUUUGGUGGAGCAACUGUAUGGCAAAGAGAAGAUGGAGGAGGUUGCUGGGCCUUUGUAUGUGCGCCCUCAACAUGGAGCUGAAUAUACCAUAGAAGAACUUAAUUCGGUUGAAUGGAAAUGCGGUGGCACACCUAAGGUUCUUGUGCCAGUUGCUAAUGGUUCGGAGGAAAUGGAAACUCUUAAUUUGAUAGAUGUCUUGCGUAGAGCAGGAGCAAAUGUUAUUGUUGCAUCAGUGGAGGAUAAGUUACAAAUUGUAACCCGUCGCCACAAGUUUAAUCUAAUAGCUGAUGUGAUGCUGGAUGAAGCCACUAAAAUGCAAUUUGAUUUGAUAGUCAUGCCGGGUGGUCUGCCAGGUGCCCAGAAGUUUUCUAGUACAAAGGAACUUGUUGAUUUACUCAAGAAACAGGCAGAAUCAAAUAAACCGUAUGGUGCAAUAUGUGCUUCUCCAGCUCAUGUCCUCGAGCCCCAUGGUUUAUUGAAGGGUAAGAAGGCAACAGCAUUCCCACCCAUGUCACACCUGCUCACAGAUCAGAGUGCAUGCGAGCAUAGGGUUGUCGUGGAUGGUAACCUUAUCACCAGUAGAGCCCCAGGGACUGCGACAGAGUUCGCCCUAGCUAUUGUUGAGAAGCUGUUUGGUCGAGAGAAAGCUGUUAGUAUAGCAAAAGAGCUGGUUUUUAUGUGAAAUUAUGCUGAUCUGUCGACGUGAGAAAAACAAUCAUGUGGAUAAACAUGUCAUAAACCUAUUAGUGAUAUUUCUGUUUAUAUUCCUGCACUGGUAGGAACUGCCUGAGCAUUUCGAUUCAAUGGUACUAUUAGAUCACACUGUAAACUGUGAGCCAGAAAGGCAGAAAUGUACGUCACGCAAUCAUAUGAGCUGAGGAGUCAUCAUUAUUGGAUUUGGCAAGGGCUAUUGCACUGUUCUUUUACUUCACAAAGGCAGAGGAUCCGAGUCGUUACAUAUGAGUGUUUGUUUUGUUUGCUCAAAGAAACACGAAGUGGAGCUGCGUGCCAUCCCAUGGCUCACCUGCUUUGAUGAGCAUGGAUCACAGCCUGAUCCAGGGACUGCAACGAGUUUUCACUAUCAAAUGCUGAGAAGCUGUUUGGGCGAGAGAAAGCACUCGGCAUUGCCAGUGAUCUGGUCUUCAUGUCACAGUAAACUGUAUGUGUAUGCUACUGAUUUCUUUUCUUUGUACAGACACUUUAUCCUUGCCAGUACAGCUCUUUUGUUUU